CAAAAAGGCAUCCACCCGCACUCUUGCCUCUGUCAGCACUGCUGCAGUGUUGUUAAGUUGUGUUAUUUAGUAACAGUGUAACCAGGACUCUUGCUCUUUGGUCGCAAUGAAGCGUAACUGCAGGUGAAGGGAGUAUCAGAUUGCGGCUGCCAGUCACACCUGAUGUGCCAUAAUACCAGAGUCAUACACACAGCUGGAUCACAAGAACAGUUGUGUGAAAAAUAAGUAGAGUCAAACAUGGGAACAAACAGCCAGAGCGCCACCAUGGAAACAGAGGAGAACGCCCAAACUCCUGCGGCGUGCAUCGUUUCUGUGAAAGGCUUGAAGGAAAACUGGCAGAAGUGGUCCAGCGAACACCAGGAGUACCAGAAGCACAAUCCCUUCAGUCACAACACCAGACCGAGCGUGGUGGUCCCUCCGAGGGGAGGGGAUGAGUAUGGGAAACCCCUGCAGGGUUCCCUGACAGAGCAACGUGGGAAGGACGCUCACACACACAUCAGCAGAGAGGUUCAGGAGCUGUGUGAGGUCAUAAGGAGCAUUGGGGAGUCGGGCGGCAGCGAUGGGAAAGUGAUUACUGUAAGAUUUGGAAAGCUGUUUGAGCAUUAUGUGACUAUCUCGAAUAAAUUGGUUGGGAUUCUUCUGCGAGCGAGGAAACAGAGACUGGUUGACUUCGAGGGGGAGAUGCUGUGGCAGGGGAAGGAUGAUCACGUAGUUAUCACUUUGUUGCAGUGACCAGAAAUGUUGAUUAGAUGCCUUGAUUCACUGUGCGUGCAGUACACGCAGGUACACGGGCACUUAAUGUGGCAGCUUUAGUAGACAAGAACACGGGGAAACCACUAAAUGUCAGUCAAAAUGAGAAAAGGUAAAUGUUCAAACCUGAGCAUUUUUUUCCCUCCAGCAGCUUGUUGACGAGGUGAAAGUGGAGCACUGAGCAGCUGAGAUGACAUCAGAUUUGCUAAUGAGACUGAACCGAAGCCAAAGAGAACAUGAGGCUGCCUGUGACAGACAUAA